AUGAAACAUAUUUGUGAAAGCAUCAAAGGCACUACUGUGUACCCCAUCAUCAACUCUGUCCUCCAUGACUCACGGUACUUUGAGAAGCCAGACGUCUUCUACCCUGGCCACUUCCUGGAUGUGGAGGGCAACUUCAGGAAGCGGGAGGCCUUCAUUGCUUUCUCCAUGGGAAACUGCUUGUGCUCAGAGCUCUUCCUCUUCUUGACCUCCAUACUGAAGAACUUUUCCUUGGGCUCUCCCAAGGCCCCAGAAGAUAUCGACCUCACUCCACGGAAGAAUGGGCUGGGGAAACUGCCCCCUGUGUACCAGCUCUCCUUCCUGCCCCGCUGGGGAGAGAAGGAGAAGGGAUAUAGUUCCCUUCAGCGUCCUUGCCUCCAGCCUCCACCUGUAUCUACAAUGAACUUUUAGAGGCCGCCUACUCCUCCCUGCUCACUGUCCCCUCUGGAAAGUACCUUCCUGAGUCUCUCCUUCAUCCAGUCUGCUAGGCACCAUUCAUCCCCAAUGGUCUGCACUGCUGACCCAGGAUAAAACCUUAGGGUUUCUGGACCAAGAAAUACCUUCAGAACCUUAGUGAUACCACCACCUCUAGCUCAGCUUGGGAAACUGAGGCCCAAGUGAGGGAAUGAUUUAAAUCCAAGGUUACCUAGGGUAGCUGAGCAGAAUCUGGUGCCCUGCCACUCUACCUUGUCUCCAUCUAUAUCCCCCACUUCCACCCUCCUGUUUCUUCCUUGAGUUGAAAGAGCCAGGGCAGCCCUCAAGUUCUGUGCCAUGUGACUCCAAAAUGUCUCUCUUACCUCUCUGAUUUUAUUCUCCAAAACCAGUGAGAUCAAAAUAAAGCUCUGCUACUU